CUCUGUCUCUGGACGAAGGGUACUGUUGUCGUUGUCUUCAUAACCAUCGUCACCAGCAAUAUUCUUCCCUCAACCACGACGGUCUCACAAAGUUCACACCUGCAGGCUUGUCAACAAGGACUUCCCACAGCCAACCAGCGCCGCGCAGUCGCGACGUCUUUCCAAGAAGAAACAUAUCUUAAGUAUGGCAAUGCUGAUAUUGUGGUGCCCCUGUUGCAGGAAGACCAGCAAAUUCCUAGGUCGGAAACACAGCUUCAAGGUGGGUCCAGUAAUAUACCCUUUUUACAGCAGCACCAACACAAUCCAGAAUCAGCAUAUAUUUCCUACGACCAGGCCGCAGUAACACCAUCAGACCCGAUUUUCUCAACAUAUGAGUACGCACACGACGACAUACCGGGCUGUGUGGAAACCGUUGACCAAGACCACGUACUUUUAAGCGCUCCUUCUCCGGUUCUGACUGAGGCUUCGAGAUCAGUGGUGGCCCAGGACGAUGCUGCUAUGUUUUCUUCACCAUCCACACGGCUUACAUCGCUCGACGAUUGGGACAUUGACGGGCUGGGAACGUUAACAACCAGUAUCCGGGAGACUUUUUUGCCGAGCCAGUUCGUCACAGAUUCCUUCAGACAGUGUGAAGAAUUGAGUUUCGGGUGUGAUCAGUGUCAAGAAGUCUUCCAACGCCGUGGCGAACUAAGCAAGCAUAACAAUCGUAUACAUAACAGACGAUACAAGUGCCUAUAUGAAGGCUGUCUACAGAAGCCCUUUGGUUUGAAGGCUGAUCUGCAGCGUCAUAUCACAGCUAUACACAGCACAGAGAAAGUUGCGAUUCAGUGUUUGGUUGACAGUUGCAUAGAAGAGUUUUCGCGGAAAGACAACAUGCUGAGACAUGUAAAGAAUAAGCAUCCUGGAAAUGAGCCUUCGCGCUGA